AGCAAAGAAACAGCGGAGCCUUUCCCGAAGUAGAUUUCAAGUGAAGGAAGGGCGUUGGCAGGGACUGCGGACAUAGGGAAAUACAAAACUGGUCUCUUCUCUUCUGCUGGACGAGCUCCUCGCACUGUUGUGGCGACGUCUUGCUUGGUGGCCGCAUUUUGUGUUGCGUACUUGCUUGCGGGGCCCUUUUGCAUAUUACCAACGCGGUUUUCACUACUAGUAUUACUGAAGUGCCACACAGCUCUGUCGUUUUCUCCUUCUUUUUUUCGCAAUUAGGAACUGUGCUCUAUAGAAACAAUAUGUCGAACCUUUCAACAUCCACGACAAGGGUGUUCUUUGUCGGUGGCUUGCCAUACUCCGUUGACGAAAACGUGAGCACCGCCGCGAUUGAAUCGCUCAGCUUUAUCGAGCUGCCUCGCCUUCCUAUCUCCUCCAGCGGCACAACCAGCGAAGGGGGUGCCGGAGACGCACGUCCUCUCGUGUCGCCAGUGCUGCAUUUGGGCCGUCAGAGUCCCCUGCUCCGCAACUCUCUGAAGAAUGACCGGCGUUGGUCUCGCAAGCUUCUCGAAGUGACGACAUGGUGCAUUCACGGCCUCCCGACCGGCGACAAGGUGUACCCUAUCGAUGCGGCUGCUUUGCCGUUUGCCGGCGUGCGCGUUCGCCUCUGCGGGACGGGAGGCGCUGUUCGAGUUAUUCCGCGGCGCAGUUCAGAGCAGCGCUGCGUCACGGCGUUGUCGGUGGUGGGUGCGUGGGCGUGGCUGCAGCACGGCGAUGCAUUGGAUUUUGAGGGCGGCCUUCAGCUGCGCUUCUUGGCGGUCCACGUGCGGGCUGGCCCGGUCAGCGCGCUGGCGCAAAAGGCGUCGUUCGUCUGGGUGCGGCCAAACGUGGCGGCGGGGUCGGCGACGCCGGUGGCAAUGUGGGCGUCGCGAUACUCAAACUGGUCGGCCGUUCCAGUUUUUCUCAAAGCGAAGAUGCUAAUGGAGGCGGCAGUGUUGGUGCAACAGGCGACUCUGCGGGAGAAGGCGCAGAUGCAAGAAAGCGUCACGGGGACCGGGGCCCCGUCCCCGAUAGCAAGCGAACGCGCACUUCCGCUGCCACGCUGUGAGGGCACUGAUGCGCGAGAUGAACGGGCGGGAAGUCCGUUGCGUGCACCGCCGUCAUUGGAAGACGCAGUGAAUCUUUCUCGCGGGGGGGACAUCCACCACAACAGCCUCCUCCGCCGAUACAGCAACAGCAGCGAAGCACGGCAGGACGCGUGCAUGGCGGCGGACGAGGCGGAUGAAGAAGCGGCCACGCCGACUUCAGAGUCCCAGCAGCGUCAGCGACAGCGUCCACUGUCCCUUUACGCAGCGCCGAACUCACCGCCGGUGUUCCACGACCGGGAGCAGACACGGUCUGCUCCUGAUGUCGUUGGCGCUGUGUUCGGCGGACGCAUGGCGGUGCAGCGGCCGCAGUCCGCUUCACCAAGUAGAUCGUCCCCACCCCGGCACGCAGCCGGAUUGGGGCUGCAGCAGCGGCUCACGGGCCCGUCAAUGGGCACGCGUGGCAACGUGCUCCGCUACAGCUUUGCCACCUUCUCCGAAUCCAUGGACGACAAGUUGCUCGAGGCGCUGCAGAACUUGGAAAAUGGAGGGACGGAAGUCGGCGAUGUGCUGGUGCAGCGGCAGCAACGCGAACCAGCAGUGCUGCUCGGCGCAAUGGAAGACGAGUUGAGCGGGCCGCGUUCGACCUCUGCGGAGCAGGUGGCGUCGCAUCUGCGUACAACACUCCCCACCCGUGGGCACGGACAGGAAGGACGGGGGAGGAGUGGUGCGCCGCAGCGGUCUCGGCGUACCACCAAACAGGGAAGUCGUGGCAAGACGGCGGACGACAGCGGGGUGCACGGGCGCCGCUCCGGUAGUCGAAAGAGCGCUGGCGGCGACGUGGGCGGCGAGUUGAUGUCGUCGCUCUCGCAGCCGCUACGGCGAGAAGGCGAAGGGGACGAUGCUGUUACUGUUCCGCUCUUGACGCGAGCUGAUAUCAAGCGACUACCGGUGAACCAGUAUGCAGAGGAAGACUCACAGGUUGUGUUUUUUGAUCAUUAG